GCCACCAGCAUUACCACUGCAGCCGCGCGCAUCCUCAUGUCGCCCUCUUUUUGAUCAUAUGAGAGCCCCACCCUUCCCUAGAUCCUACCUGCCCUACCCGCACCACCCUGUACUACUUUCUUCACAAGCUCUGCUGGUCGCAACUCCCGAUCUAUCUCCUCCUCCUCCCGAUCUUUCUCCUCCUCCUCCCGAUCUUUCUCCUCCUCCUCCCCUUGGUUUGUUUCCCACGCGUGUUUGAGCCCUACUUUGUGCAGAUACUAAUCUGCCGUGGUUCGGGUACUGCUGGGUUGUUGUGACAGGAAGGUUUCGUGUGCGGUGGGUGGACUCGUUGCCAGGGAUCGGAGCAGGUCGGAGUCCGCCGCGAGUUGCAGUUUUGCGAGGCACUGAGUGCGAAAGAGCCUGAGUGAGUGAGUGAGAGAGAGGCGAAGUGUGCAGUGGAGGGCGAGGAGCGUGGGGUGGAGUCGUCGAAUCAGACGUUUCUGCGUUUUGGAUGGAGAGUCGGGGACCUGGUUUGUAUCAGAAAAAAAUUGCUCUAUAGAAGAUGGGACAACUAUGCAUGUGAAUUUGAAGCAGAUGACUUUCCGAGAUCACCAGAAACGCCGCAGUCUAAAAACAAUUUCCAGUUUGCUCGCAGUAGACAAUGCGAUGCCACAAUCAAGCGGGAGUUGACUUUAAGGAUGAAGGUUUCAGCCAAUUAGUCUGAUGAGUUCCGGUCAUGCCCUAGAUUUCCGCAUAUGCUAGUCCGUUGAAAUACUUUAGCAAUCCUCAUUAACUUGAUGCGCCUGAGGAUCUCAAUCACAAGUGAACUAUCUCUACAGCCGUUACGGUUUUGCCUAUAGUUCACAUUGACGAGCUCAACCUAGACUCUCAAUCUUCACCCUAUAUCUGAAUUCCUGAAAUGAAGCUUUGUACCUUGUGGAAAAUCGCUGACCUGGGCGAAGAAUGAUUGCUUAUUGGCGGAGUUGCUGGUUUGGAAGCAAUGCGUUCAUGAGACCAUCGACAAUUGAGUUUAUGUUCCCACGUGACCUUCAUCUGAGAUUUGUUACGCAAGGGACAGGUUGGUCGCAAGAAGCCCUCGAAAAGUUUAGCACUUCGAGAUUACUGAGACACUGACUUAGGAAUGCGUCCUUGAGCUGUAAUUAGAUACUUGAUGAUCUGGCCACCGAAUGUGUGUGCAAGAUAGUACACCGCAGGGGCUAGUAAUUUGAUUAGUUAAUGGUGACGAUGAAGGUGUUCGCGGUGUUAAUGCUGCUACUCUACCUCUGCCUCGGAGCGUUAGCAGCUCACUUUGGGUUCUCAGCAAGACACACCAGUAACACCAGAGAGUACCAUGCCUUGCUUGUCAGGGACAUUUGCAUCUAUCCGGACAGUCCCGCACAAACCACGGGGCUCCUUGCGGGCCUCAUUCUGCUCGUAGCUCAAAUUCUUGUCAUCGCAACAUGCGGUUGCACAUGCCACUGGAACAACAGGAACCAAGUGGGGGGCGUGAAUGCCACUAUGGUCGGGCUUGGCUGCAUUCUCGGCUGCUUUGCCACUGGAUUGUCUGCGGCAUUUUUUGCAUCAGGCAGUGCGUUGAGCAGACCAGCGGAACGAUAUAGGCAGCGGCACAAGACUGACGACUCAAAUGACUGUGCCCAGCCGAAGUUCACCGUUGCCAUUGCUCUGCUAUUUACUGCCGUCUGCCUGGGGAUCAUCUUCUUCAUCGGAAUCAUCCGAGAAGCGCGAAAGGGUGUGUUGACAAAUCCAAUACCGCAGGUCAUUCCGCCCACCGCCGUAGUACCCGAACCAGACGACCCUUCUCGUUUUCAAGACUCGGCACCUCCUAGCACUCAAUGGCUACCUGUGUAGUACUUCAACAUAUGGCGCUGUGGGAUUCUUAACGAGUACUCGGAGCUCAGUAUGAUGCUACUUUGUGCUCACAUAAAGCAUCUGAUUAUAGCAAUGGCGUAGAUAGAGGUCAUCGCUCCGCACACUUCGAGCUCUCCACCGACACCUGAGGUGGGUCGAAGCCUCUGUUCAUGCACAAUCGUUUUUUAUUUUUAUUUUUUAUCAACGCUACGAGCCUUGCGAUGGUUACUCGCACAUGGACUGCCGACAGAGGGAAAAAAACAGAAACCAUGAAAAGAAGAAGCACGCAAGUGUUGAACAAUCGAUCCAGACCCAACUUCUGCCAGACCUUCGAGAGAGUCACGGAGAGCAGACCAUCCAGUCCACGCAACCUUCAUACAUUACACAUCUUUGAAACUUCUGGAGCAUGUUCGUCUUGGAACAACCCACCAGGAUCUCAUGAGAUAAUAUUGUCGCAGACGUGAAUAUCAACCUGAAAACGUUAUGUUCAUGAGGGCAUUGUUCCGCUGGGUAGCCACAUAUACUGUCAAGCAUUCGUUUUGUUGCAUGUGGAAAUCUAUCUUCGUCGUCGAUUGUAACGAUCAAGAAACACAUUCGUCAACGGACGUGUGCUACGGAGUUCAAUGAGAGAAUAAAAUGACUCCUUCCGUAUC